AUGCCUUCUAGCGACGAUGGAACUGUGGCGUCUAUUGCCAUUGUGCAAUUCUACACCUUACAGACGAUAGCAAGGUGCAGUAUCCAUGUUCUCCCAAUCUGUGUCUCUGUUACCAUUCUCGUUUUGAACUUCGGUAAUUCUUAUCUGGGUAGGGGUCUGCCGGGCAGUAUCAUUGAUCCCUCAAUCAACAUUGCACUUCUGCAGGUGGCUGCAAAAAUACAGGAGCUCUUGAUCGUCGCUAGCGUAACGACAAUUGUCAUGCAUGUUUUGAGGUCCGAGCUUGUCCAUGGUGAAGGCUUGCCACUAGGACUUCUUGCUGGUGGCUUUCUGUACUCUAGCCUGAGUUACUUCUGGUCGCCAGAAUUUUGGGGCUCCUUCUAUAGUAAGGCGCCAUGGAUCACACAUCUUCGAGUGUAUGGCAUUAUCGUGCUUGGCGGUCUGAUUGCAGUAUUCGCAGGACCCAGCACGGCUAUUCUACUUGUCCCUCGAGAACAACCAUGGCCCGCAGGAGGAACCACAAUCUACUUGCCUGGACCUGCCGACCAUUGGUGGCCGACAUAUAUCAACAAUACCAAACUCGCUUUGCUAGAUGGUUGCGCACACAGCAAUUCCUCUGGCCAUCCUUUAUGCCCAAAGGCUGCAUUCCCCGCAAUCUGGGGUUCUAGAAACUCGAUUGAUAUUCUGGACAACCGGGGUUUUGCUCCCGGCACAUACCAAAACCUGACGACAUCGUUUUCCUUCGGUCCUUCUACAGUUGAUUUGCCUAGUAACCUCGAUUUGUUACCCAAUUUACGCUAUCAUGGCACUCAUAGAGGUUAUGCUUGCGAGACUUCCAUGUGGGGUCCACGCGCGGCUGAAGCGGUAUACGGGGCGCAGCUGAAGCAGGACUGGAUUGACGAAGCUUUCGCUCUACCCUAUAACAUCAUCAGGUAUGGGCCUAGUCUCACUCAAUACAAGUAUUUCGGCUCGAUGGAGGUCAAGACAACCUCUCGCAUUCCUACCGUACGCGCCGCUUGUAGUGCUUCACAGAUACUGUCGACCUCCGAAAAUAGUGUUCUCUUCCCAGUCCUACCACAAGAUACAUGCUGGACCUCAGCCAAUGUAUCGUCAGUGGUAACAGAUCAGCUGAAUCCAACCACUACAGAUCGAGUACGUACUACGUGGGUGUCACUGCCACAGAACCUUGGCUCAGUCAGUGGAGGAAUAGUGGUGGAGAUACCUUCUGCAGAUGAACAUGCGAGAGUGGUGGUUGGAUGCACACUAGACGCUCGCUGGACGGAGGGCAAGAUAAUCACUUAUCACCUUGAAGAUGCUAGUAGUCUUGAGAAGGUCGCCAAACAGAUACUGAUAACUACGUCUUUACUUGAAGAGCCUGUAAGCGCCAGUGGGAGAGUACCAGGGUACAGCGAUUUCUCGCCCGUCACUUCGAGCCCUUCAACGAAGAUUACUUUCGACAAGUCCUGGCUGGAAGCCCUCACGCCAAUUUUGCCCUUGGAGAGCUCGACCGGCUCUACUCAUAACUUGACAACACUAGAAAGCAUCUUGAGUGACCUGAACUUCGUCAGUGUAAACACUCCAACUGCACAGGAGCAAGGCAAGCUGUGGGACGGGGUACGAACAGAUGUGGUAAACAGAACCGUUGCUCUCGAAUGGUGGCUCGCACUUCUAGUCACGGACGGCUUAGCACGCUUGGGUAUUAAUGAAGUCCUCAAUACGACGGGAUCACAGGCAGCUUGGAGUUUGUUGAAUUACGUAAAAGCUGAUGAUUUUCGGAACAAGCUCUUCAAAGGCAGACCUGCCCUAAUGCAGCCAAAUGCACAAACAGUGAUUCAGAGGCGGGUAAGUCUUACCAUCGGUGGCUAUUCCUACAAAGCUAGCUCGAUCACGGACUACGCAUCAGCGGUCCUGCUUCUUACGCAUAUGCUACUGGCCUUGGCCCACAGCCUUUACAUUGGCUGGUGGACAGGUCGAUCUUCGAGCUCCUGGGACUCGUUAACAGAGCUGAUGGUCCUCAUGCAGAACUCAACACCAGCAACAAAAGUGCUCCAAAACACAAACGCAGGCAUUUCGGAGCUGAGAACAUACUCCAGAAAAGCCAAAGCAUAUGCUGUACGAGACAUCUCUGACCUCAUGGGCGAGGCUACCGUGGAGCUCUCGUUCGACGAUGCUAGGACCACUCGAGUUGAAGAUAUUGACGCCAUUUGCUGCUAUGGACGUUCUACCCACGAUCAGAGGCCAAAUUCUAAAUGUCACAUCCUGGUCUGUGGUCGCGCCAUGGUACAUAACGCCGCCCUCAGGAAACCAUACGAAACUGCCAGGUCCAUAUUGACCUUGAUGCGUGUCGAGGACGCCAUCAAGCACAUAGAAGCCAUGUCCACAGAAGUGGGAAUGCCAAGGGUUAGUGAAGCCAGCGCGAUAGACCAUUUUGAGGACCAUCAUACCAGUCUCGGCGUCGUUGUGCAGCAUAUUGUGUUCGAGCUGAGCAUUGAUGUAUGGUACUGGGAAAAGAUCCCAUCCGACCUUGUUAGUGUCGACGACGGUCAGGUCGACAGGCUUGGCAACGGUCAUGUCGUUGAUUCUGGUUGUAUGGAGGACAUUGACACAUCGAAGCAUGCUCUGAGCCGGAAGGAGACGCCAUAUUUAUAG